AUGCUUGUGGCGUCCUUGGCCUUUUUGGCCUUCCCGACCACAGUGCACGCCAGCCAAGGCACGUGCCAGUGCGAUGGCAUCGCCGACUGGGACGACCCCAGCUUCGGCAGGUGCGACUGGUGGGGCGACGUGCACAUCACCAAGAGUUGGAAUUCCCCGGACGUGUUUGACUUCCAGUCCCUGGGCGUCUACUCGUAUGCCUCAACCACCAAGUGCGGGGGAGACUUCGAAAUGCAGAUCUUCCAGUGCCCCUACAGCAAGAACGGCAACGCGGUGGCCAUCGGCGUCGCAGUGAAGCUGAACAACGGGGACUUGAAGAUCGAGAACCUGAAGAAGGGCGUCAACAUCCUCAGCGACGACAAGUGCGUUCGUCUCAACGUGAACACGAAGCUCAUCCGCAGGGCCCCCGGUCUGUUGCACAACGGAAACCUCCGGAUCAUCAACGAGGCUCUGACCAACGAGGGCAUCUGCGGUGCUCCGUCGUUCGGCGGUGCGUAUGUGUCCCCUGACAGCCCAGACAUGCUCUUCCCCGACGACGUGUUCGCAGACAUGUGCGGCUACUGCAAGUCUCAGACCGGCGUCUCCGUUCCAGGUUGCAGUGCUCCGGACAAUGGUGGCGACGAGCCGGAGAUCUCGCCGGGUUGCGAGUUCAUGCAGUUGAGGCCCAACGGCAGAAAGGUCGUGGAUUGUGCUGGCGACAAGGACGCCGUGAUCGAGGAGGCCAAGGCCGAUGGUGAGAACUGCGUGGCCUACGUGGCCUUGGGGAAGUCCUUCUCCUGUUCCGAGUUCUGCGCCGAGAAGGGCUCCACCUGCGAGAUGGCCAUUGACCAGCCCAACGGCCAGCAGUGCGUCGCCUCCGUGUCCAGCCUUGAUCAGAUUGACACGAGCACGGUGAAUUGCGACUCCAAGCAGUUCCGGGAUCUGCUCUGUGUCUGCAAGAAGCCGGACAACCCAGCACCGGGGCCAACGCCUGAGGAGGCAUGCGCUGCCACGACGGAUGGCUUCACUCUCAUGGAUGCUGCGAAGCUGUGCCGCGAGAAGGCGGACUGGCUGAAGGGCGUGCCUUACCCGCCCACUGGAGCAUCUGGCGCUGCUGGCGAGAAAGAGGCCUUCUUGCGAGCUUGCAUCCUGGAUGUUUGCUCCGCAGAGCCAGAGGAUCGCGCAGAUGUGGCGGAGAACGCUGGCGACCAGGAUCCCAGUGAUCCUCCGGUACCGCCUUCAACGACGACUUGCAAGAACGACAACUGCUGCGGUGUGGUCAUCUACGAAGGCACGAGCUGCGAGGAGCCUGCAGGCUCUCCCCUUUGGGAUAGCGGGGUGUCGGUGAGGUACACUUCCAGCCCAUCGAAUGUGCUGUCCAAGGAAGUGAAGACUGGGCUCGGAAACGACGACGUGCUGGGCCGCACUGUGGUGAUCCAUGACAAGAAGGGCAGAAAAAUUGCUUGUGGCAUCAUCGAGCCGUCCGACACCACGGUCUUCGAGAAGUACCCCAAAUAUGGUGGUGACCUCCCAUUGACAUCCGGUGGUGUCCAGGUCGAGUCGGAUGAUGGAACCCAGACGAUCAGCUGGCUGUUCACGCAAGGCCUCGACCCCCGGUGCGACAAGACCACAUGCACUGCAGCUAACUGCUGUGGCAUUCACAUCCACGAGGGCACCACCUGCGCGAAUGCUGCCUCCGUCGGUGGUCACUACUGGAACAAGGACCUCUACCCGGAAGACCCCUGGAUGGAUGUCCGCUACGUGAUCGAACCAUCCAUGCCGUCGGCAGUGAACGACCUGAGCGUCAAAACGGGCUACAAUGCCGCAGACAUCGACGGCCGGGCGGUGGUGGUCCACGACUACGACGGUGUUCGCAUUGGUUGCGCCAUCAUCGAGCUGCCGGAGGAGGAGCCAGAGCCCGUGGACGGUGAUGAUUUGUACGUCUUCGACUUGAGCCCCUACGUCGGUUCCUCCUCGCCUUACCAGCCACAGGGAGUGAUCGAGGUGAAGUCCACGGACGACAGCAAGACGGUGCUGUCUUGGAGCUUGACUGGCCUCGACCCCGGUUGCAGCAGCAAGUGCACCUCAACCAACUGCUGUGGUAUCCACAUUCACGAAG